AUUGAAUUGAAUCUAUGAUACAGUAUCCAAUUUCUUUUCUUUAUAGCUCCAAAACAUUUCCAAGUGUAUUUUUUUACCAUAUUUGGUAUUUUUAUUUUUUAUGAUAUAGAUCCAAAUGCCUUUGAAGGUUUCAAACUAUUGGACAUUUUGAACCUUUUAUUGGCAGUUGGUAUAGAUAAAAAGCUUAUAUAUUUAAGGGAAAAGAUUCAUAAAAGAAAAUGACAACCAAGAUCCAUGAAUUACCCUAAAAAUCUCUUUCUUCAUUAAUCAACUUCUUUCCUUUUUGUAAAGGUUCGUUCUUUUUGUUGACUCUCUAUUUUGGCCUCCUGUUUCAUUUUUUCUCAUUUCAAACAAUACCCUUUUAAUCAAUCCAAUUAGAUUUAAGUCUUUUUUGAUUCAUUUCUCUCUUUUUCUCUUUACCCUUUUUUCUGGUCUCUUGUUUUUCUCUCUCUCAAUAAAAAAAGCUGACUGAAUUGAAUUGGAUUAUCUAUAUUUUGCAAAGAAUUUUUGGUGGUGGUGAAGAAUUUGAAGGAUAAAAUGAUGAUGAUGACAAUGGAAGGAAUGAUGGAUAAGGGAGUAUUGGAUGAUAUAAUAAGAAGGUUGUUGGAAGGUAGAGGAAGCAAGCAGGUUCAGCUUUCUGAAGGAGAGAUCCGUCAGCUUUGUGUUAAUGCUCGUCAAAUCUUCCUUUCAGAGCCUAAUCUGCUUCAGAUUCAUGCUCCCAUCAGAAUCUGUGGUGAUAUACAUGGACAAUACCAAGAUCUCCUGAGGCUCUUUGAGUAUGGUGGCUACCCUCCAGCUGCAAACUACCUGUUCCUUGGGGAUUAUGUAGAUCGAGGCAAGCAAAGUUUGGAGACAAUAUGUUUGCUUUUGGCCUAUAAAAUAAGAUAUCCUCACAGAAUUUCUCUCUUAAGGGGAAACCAUGAAGAUGCAAAGAUCAAUAGGAUUUAUGGGUUUUAUGAUGAGUGUAAAAGGAGAUUUAAUGUUAGGCUUUGGAAAAUAUUUACAGACUGCUUUAACAGUUUGCCCGUGGCUGCACUGAUUGAUGAGAAGAUACUUUGUAUGCAUGGAGGGUUGUCUCCAGAGUUGGAAAAUUUGGAUCAAAUAAAGGAAAUUCAAAGGCCAACAGAAGUUCCUGAUAAUGGUCUUCUCUGCGAUCUACUUUGGUCUGAUCCUGAUCCCAAGGUUGAGGGCUGGGCAGAUAGUGAUCGAGGAAUUUCAUGUACUUUUGGAGCUGAUAUAGUUGCUGAAUUUUUGGAUAAGAAUGACCUUGAUCUCAUUUGCCGAGGUCAUCAGGUUGUGGAGGAUGGUUAUGAGUUUUUCGCCAAACGAAGAUUAGUAACAAUAUUUUCAGCUCCAAACUAUGGAGGGGAAUUUGAUAAUGCCGGUGCUCUAUUGAGUGUUGACGAAGCUCUUGUGUGCUCCUUUGAAAUAUUGAAACCAGCUGAUAAUAAAGUAUCAACAAGCAGUUCUAACAAGUUGCCUCUGAAGAAGCCGCUAAAGAUUGGGAAAACUUGAUGUUAUAUGAGGAGGGGUUUCUGAGGUUAUUCUGCUCAAUAGGAAAUCCGAUAAGUUCAAUUUAAACAAAAAGUUUUUUUCAAACUCAUUAUACAUGAAGGGUUUUAUAAGAAACCUUCUAUAAGAUUGAUGCUUGCUGGUUAUUUAAUUGUAAGGAAAUUGUCGGAAAGUUUGUAAAUUAACCAACCAUUUUCACUUCUGUGCAGUAACAAAAAUUUUUGCAUUGAAUACAUUUUUUACUCAUUUGUAUUUUAGUUACUUACUAGCAAUAACUUGAGUAUAGAUGUAUGUGGUUUUGAUUUGAAUUGAAUAUAUUUGUAACUAAACUAUCUCUGGUUUGUUUGGUGAUUAUUUUUACCCUCAUAAUCUCAAAUACUUAUUAGGUUUAAUUAUAAGUUAAAGGAUAAAAAACUAUUUUAGAAAUACACUUUUAAGAUAAAU